AUGGCUUUUUUCUCUCACAAACCACCCGUGAGAUAUGUAUGCACUUGUGGUGAACUUAAAUCAAUCACAAGAAUAUAUUUCUGCCGACAUUGUUCAGCUAUCCGUUGUGGUUUCUGCGUUAGUCAUGAGGUAGACGCACGAUACUGUCAUAUAUGUUUGGAAAAUUUACCCGUUGCAGAGGCAUGGAUGAAAAAAAAUUGUUGUUCCUCUUGCAUUAAUUGUCCUAUAUGUCAAUUAAAUUUAUCGACGAGAGCCACGACCGUUAAAAAUAAAGAACCCGUCGAAUCGACGGAAAAAGACGAUGGAAAAUCUGAUAAAAAUGACAAGUCUGAAAAAUCUGAAAAGUCUGAAUCUAAAAAAUUAUAUUAUUUGUGUUGUUUUAAUUGUCAUUGGACUUCUAGAGAUGUUGGUAUACCUGAUCAAACAAGUGCCUCAUCCCCAUGGCCUGAAUUUGAAAAUCCUCACAUGACUCGCCUUAAUGAAUUAAUGGAGUAUUACAAGGCUGUUUCGUUGUAUGAUAAAACUAUAAAUGAAAAAAAACAACCAUCGAUUAGAAGGAGUUAUGCUCAUUUGACUGGCAUGUCAGCAGCGAUGGUAAGAAGAAAAGCCGGUUUUUCAGCUUCGAGUCAAUUUUCAUUACCAAGUUUACAGGAAGCGAAAAAACCGCCUAAAAUUAAACCAUCCAUUCCCGUUUCGAACAUAAAAGAUUUGCCAGAAGAAAUAUUUACAGCUUCUCCAGAUUUAAAAAAAAUUACAACGCUCGAACAAAGACUUGGAAUACCAGGUUUACAAUGUGAAAAUAUUGUCAAUUUAAAACCAUGUAAGAAAUUAUUGUUGACGAAAAGGUCUCAAAGAUGUAGAGAAUGUGAGCAUAAUGUAACAAAACCAGAAUUCUAUCCUAGUUCUAUCAAAUUUAAAAUUCAACUUUCUGCUUAUUAUCAUAUUCCCAAUAUAUCGAUAAAAAAAUGUGAACCUUUACAACAGGGAAAAGAAAGCGAUUUAUAUUUACAUCUCAUUAAUCCGACUCCACAUCAAAUAACUGUUAAUUUAUUACCGUUUGAUACGGAAAUUAAAAAACAACAGCAGGAACAACAGCAGCAGCAGCAGCAACCUUCCGAUGUUAAAUUGCCAACAAGUGGAGAAUCUGAAAACUCGGAUGAUGCCAAACUAAAUAAAACCAGAAAAAUCCCAUUGAAAAUUGAUUACUUGAUGAAAAUCGAACCUAGACCCAUAAGAAUAGAAUUUACCGGGAAUCCACUCCUUCCGGAAUCACCGAUCAUAUUACCGGGAAGAGAUGAUGCAGCAGAAUACGAUGACAAUAACGAAAAUCAAAAUUUUAACGAUGAUAAAAAGGUCGUCGUUUGGAGAAAGGGUAAUCAAGCCGUUAUUAAAUUUCCAAUACAACCCUUGGACGAUUUAAAAACGGGGGAUGAUGUUUCCAUCGGUUUCGUCAUGUGUCACACGUACAUAAACACAAUAAUACAAGAUAAAAGUCAACAGAAAAUAAAUCAUCAAGUUAAAAUGGUAUUGACUGCUGGUACGGUCGAAUGA